AUGACCUCCGGCCCAGAGUCUGGUCCCGAGUCAACCCCUUCUGCGCAGAAAGCCAGCGGAUCCUCUUCUAUCGCACGCGCCGGCUCGCCUCCGGGCGGUCCUCGAUCGGCCAUCCGUCGUCGUGCAGCCGCCGAUCAUAAGGAAUCAGUCAAGAAUGCCAGACCGACCUCGACACGUGCCGCAGGUGCGGGUGGUUCCUCAGGGACAAUGCUGAGAUUAUACACCGACGAGAGCCCCGGGUUGAAGGUGGAUCCAAUGGUGGUCAUGUUCUUGAGCUUGGGCUUUAUUUUCAGCGUUGUGGCAUUGCACCGUAAGUCGCUGCAGCAGACCUGGUAG